GCCAUCACAAAGAGCUUGGUUGAAUUUAGAUAGUACUGAUAACAGCCACACAUUCUCUUACUUUAAUCUGAGCUGGAAGCAGCGUCUGCUCGGUUUCGCAAUCUGCUUCGCCGGCGGUAUCAUAUCACAACUUAUCGCCGCUAUUCUGCUCUUUACGACCCCACUUCUCGUCUUAUUUGGCAUUCUAUUCGUUUUAGGUGUUAUACUGAACUUGGUAUCCAGCGGCUUUCUCGUCGGCUUUAAGAAGCAGCUCAAAGGGAUGUUUAAACCUAUACGAGUUGGCGCGACUAUCAUUUUCAUCGCCAGCGUCGUUGUGGUAUGCAUAUGUUCCUUUUGGCUGCGAAAUGCGAUUCUAACGAUCGUAUUCGUUAUCAUUGAGCUGCUCGCCUAUGCCUGGUAUUCUAUAUCAUAUAUCCCGUACGCUCAUUCACUCAUAUCAAAGCUAUCAUCUAAGAUUAUUCCCUAAAUCUAUUUAUUGUCUUCUUGUUGUUUCAAAGAUUCCAG